GUCAAUCUAUAAGUACCCCGUCUCCCCUGCCCACCGGCCUUCAAAUGUUUUCCUUUACCUCCCCAUCCCUUUAGCAUCUAUCUGUAUCCACCUUGUCCAAGAUGCACGAACCACAAAAUCAAAAUUACGACCUCUCUUCGGAGGUCACCCGGACCAUGACCAUGGGCUCCAUUGCCAACGACCAGGUCGACCCAACUGAUCUUCCGUUGCGCCAAGUUACCGACAAUGCCAACCUGGAAGAGUACGUGACGGAGACCGCGGCGGGUGAGAUCAUCAAGCCCGUCAAGUCUACCGUCACGGGGCAGAUGGAGGAUUGGAAGCUGGUCACCUUCAAGAUCGACGACCCCGAGAACCCGAAGAACUGGUCCAAAGCGUUCAAAUGGUACUGCACCAUGAUCGUGUCCUUUACCUGUUUCGUUGUCGCCUUUACCAGCAGUGUGAUCACGGCCGAUAUCGAAGGCCCCGCCAAGGAAUUUGGCGUGUCGCGUGAAGUGAGUCUGGUCGUGGUCACCGUGUUCGUCAUUGGUUUCGGUGUUGGCCCCAUGGCAUUCGCCCCCGCAUCAGAAAUGUUUGGUCGCCGACCCGUUUACGCUCUCACUCUUUUACUGGCCGUUGUCUUCAUCAUCCCCUGCGCCGUCGCCAAGAACAUCGGAACUCUGAUCGUCUGCCGUGCGAUCGACGGUAUCGCCUUUAGUGCGCCCAUGACGCUGGUCGGUGGCACGCUUGCCGAUCUGUGGAAGAACGAGGAACGUGGUGUUCCCAUGGCUGCUUUCUCCGCCAGUCCUUUCAUUGGUCCCGCCAUUGGUCCCCUUGUCGGUGGCUACCUCGCGGAUGGCACGGGUGACUGGAGGUGGCUGUACUGGAUCCAGCUGAUCCUCGGAUUCUGCGCCUGGGUUCUGAUCACUUUCACCGUGCCGGAAACCUAUGCCCCUACCCUUCUGAAGAAGAGAGCCCAGAAGUUGCGCAAGACCGAGAACGACGAGAAGUACGUGACCGAGACCGAGCUGGAUCCCCGUCCGAUGGGCGAGAAGCUGCGCAUCUUCCUCUUCCGCCCCUUCCAGCUUCUCUUCCUGGAGCCCAUUGUGCUGUUCAUCGCCAUCUACAUGUCGGUCCUGUACGGUCUGCUGUACAUGUUCUUCGUUGCUUACCCUAUCGUUUUUGAAGAAGGCAAGGGAUGGAGCGCUGGAUCUACUGGUCUGAUGUUCAUUCCUCUCGCUAUCGGUGUCCUGCUCAGUGCGGCUUGCGCCCCCCUGGUGAACAAGCAUUACCUGUCUCUCUAUGCGAAGAACGGUGGCCGGCAACCCCCCGCCGAGAGCCGUCUGAUUCCCAUGAUGCUCUCGUGCUGGCUGAUCCCGAUCGGUCUGUUCAUCUUCGCCUGGACCUCGUACCCCCGUAUCCACUGGUUCGGCCCCGCCAUCGGUGGUUUCCCCGUCGGCUUUGGCUUCAUCUUCCUGUACAACUCGGCCAAUAACUACCUGGUCGACACCUACCAGCACCAAGCCGCCUCCGCCUUGGCAGCCAAGACCUUCCUGCGUUCGAUGUGGGGUGCCAGCACGGUGCUGUUCACCGAACAGAUGUAUCAUCGUCUGGGUUACGAGUGGGCGAGCACGCUGCUGGCCUUCCUGGGUCUGGCUUGCUGCUUGAUUCCCUUCGUCUUCUACUUUAAGGGAGAGUCUAUCCGCCGCUAUUCCAAAUACGCCUUCGUCCCCGACGAAGAGCAUGGCAAGUUCUAAACUUGAAACAAAACAAAAAUUAUCACGGGUUGCUCGGAUCUGGAUCACUUGUGUUUGAUCCAUCUUCACAUUCCCGUCUGACCCUUUUACGGACCUAAUUAUUGAAAUACCCCCAUGCAUUGUCUUGAUAUCCCCAUCCUCCCGCUCGGCGUGGUUUGCUUUGAGAUUGGUUGAUGCAUUUACGCGGCAUUUGAAAAAGUUUGGGAGUUUCCACUAGCGUUUUUGAUUUCUAUCUUUUCCCUUUUUCUAAUUAAAGAAUACCUUAAUAUGUUGCAAGACGUGUGUAUAUAUAGUUGUCUAUAAAUCCAUAGAUAAGUUGUUAGCA